GUUGUAGUGUGAUGGUGAACAGAGUGAAGCUGAAUUAUGUAUCUGACUACAAAUGUGAGCUCUCAAAGUGGUAUCUGCUCUACUUUGCACAGAGUUGGCAAGAGACCAUUUUUUAUGGGAGAAGUGCUUGGAGAAAGGGCACUAGCUACACAUGGAGUCCAUAGUAGCAACAGGAAAAGACCCUUUCAGCACAGGUAUUUCUGAAUGUGAUGCUGUAACAGAGGGAGAGGAUUCCUCUAUAUCAUCCCCCGUCUUGAAUCGGAAACAGGGAACCUAUUGGGAAGAAAAUACAGAGUUACCAGGAGAUAAUGCCUCUUAUUGUACAUGUUUGCCAGGCAGUUUGGAUGUGCCUACAUUGCCAUAUGUGAACAGAGUAAUUGCACAGCAGCAGCAACAGCAGCAGCAAAAGGAUAUAUCACUGAAGAUAAUAAUGGUGAAACGUAAAACUGGGCUUCCUACCUCUGAACUGCAGAGAUAUCUGAGAAGACAGCUUCGUCUUCUGGAGAAUGACAACCAAAAGGCCAGGGUAGUUUUUAGUGAGCUCUCUGCCAGAAUGCUUUCCAUUCACAGUGAAGACCACCUAAUAGUGGUAACAUUUUGGACUUUUGAAGAAAUCUGGAAGUUUAUAACUUAUUAUUCCCUUGGUUUUUUAAAUCAUUGUCUGGAGAAUCUACUACUGGAUGACCAUUUUUGGCUUUCUUCAUCAGAGGAAGCAGUUGGAAUUGAUGUACAUCUAAAUGAAGACUGUCUUGAUAGGAUAUAUCGAGAUCUCUUAGUUCAAGAAGGUACAUUCUUUGUAUUUCAUCCUGAACAUGUUGUAAAUGAAGGAGGAGCUGCUGAUGACAGAAGAGCAAUCAGAAUUCACCAGCUUAAGUCAUCUACUACUGAAAGAAGCCUAGAAUCAGUCACUUGGAAUGAUCCUGCUGAAAGUUUUCCAGAGCCCCUGGUUGCUUUUCAUCAAUGGUUUCUUAAAACAAAUGCAGACCCUAUUGAUUUUGCCAGCAUAAAUGAACCUGAUGUCAUUGAUGAAAUAGCCACAGGAUUUUCUAUAGCGAUUAUAAGCCAUGUAAGUGCUGUUCCAGAAGAAAUUGGUUUCCAGAAAGGAGACAGAAUUGAAAUAAUUGGCUAUUUUAUGAAAUGCAUGCUGUGGUUUGUAGGAAGACAUGUCCCUUCUGGCCAGGUUGGUUUUGUACAAAGCAGUCAUGUCAGUCCUGAAGGUUUCAGCACCACUGUAGCAGAAUCAUCAUGCCUAGCUCUCUUUAAAGAUGAGCAUUCUUUUUUUACAAAAGAAGACCAUCUGGAAGAAAAUGUGUCAAGCCUCUUGACACAAAUAACAACUGAUGACACCUGCAAUGUAUAUCAAAUAGAUGGACAGAAAGAACCUGAAGAAUCUACUCAGCAAGAGAAGUUAUAUUGCUUCCUUAACUCGAAUUCUCCAACAAUCAAGCACAAAGUGUCUCAAUCACUGAUGAAAGUGAAAGAAUUACAGUUGCACAAGAAAGAGUCAGAUGUUCAGAAGAGGCAAGUCUCUGCAUUGAAGGGAGAGAUGCCUUCUGAAACUGAGGAGCCACAUUUCUGCAUAUACCAGGAAGGAGCUUGUGGGCCAGAGAUCUGUGAACCAUUACUGUUCUUUCUGAACUGUAAGGGCUAUGAUCCCAGCUUCAAAAACCUAUAUGAUCAGUCAUUUUCCUUUCUCAACACCCUGUUCUAUGGCUAUGCCAGUGAGGAAGAACUGAUGGAUUAUUUUGUACUGGCAAGGGAAGCAGCCAAAAGAGCAAGCCUUCCAUGGGCCUUGACAAGGCUUUGUUUUCUCCUGGGGAGAAUGAGUGUCCGGAAAUUCAAACUUUCUCAAGCUCGAGUGUAUUUUGAGGAAGCAUUGGCAACUUUGCAAGGAGAUUUUAGUGACCUCUAUCUUACAGUUGCUCUUUAUACCAAUUUAACAGGCAUUUACCUGAAACAGAAGAACAAGGAAAAAUGCACCUGCAUUUUAGACAAGGUUGCUUCUUUGCUCAUGGGAAUUCCCAGCUACAUCAGCAGCACAGGCAUGGAGUCAGAUAUUCUGAAGUAUGCUUUAAAAAGAGCAGUGAUGAGUCAAAGCAAGAAAGUAGAAGCUAGGGCAUGCUUCCUGCUAGCAAAGCACUACCUGAACUUUAAGCAAGGCGAAGAAGCACUGCCAUUCCUAGAAAGACUACAGUUUCUGAAUAAUGACUUGGGUUUGAAAAAGGACUCAUUGUCAGUUGACUGCUACUUUAAACUAGGUCAACUUUACAGUCAAAAAUGUUUGCCCCACCUUGUGCUAAGCUGUUGUAAUAUUGCCUUUUCUUGCAGUUCAACAAGUCCCUUGUUGGAGUCAUUCAGAUGCAUUGAUUUAGUAUUUAAAAAUGCUCCCAAACUCCAUAGUCCAAAAACUGUGGGACAGACAUAUCCCUCCCAAAUUGCAUACUAUCUUGGUCAAAUUCUCCCCUUGCUAGAGGCUAGCAAAGAACACCAAACAUUGUGUAGGAUGGUUUACUAUAAUCUCUCUCUAUUCCACAGCCAUCACAAACAAUACAGGCAGGCAAUUGGCUAUGUGGAAAAAGUUCUGGAAACAAAUGGACAUAUGAGCAUUGAAGAAAUGAUUAACUAUUUAGUCUUUCUUAGCUGGUUAUAUAUUCUCAAUCAUCAAAACAAUGUGGCUGUGGACAUUUUAAAUGCCAUAGCAGAGGCUUCACAGAGUAGCCGCAAACAGUUAGGUGUUGUUUAUAACAUGAUUGCCAUUUGUUUGAAAGGCAUGAACAAUACAAAGCUAGCAGCUGAAAACUACUACAAAGCUCUGAGCAUUUCAAGAGAAAUGGGAAUCCUGCAUGACCAGGCUGUGGCUUUGGCCAAUUUUGGAAUUCUCUUCCUGCAUUCAUCUGCCAAAUGUCUUGGGGAGCAUUUCUUAAUUCAAGCAGUAAAGCUGUUCUCCCAGCUGCCAAGUGCUGAGUGUGGCAUAAAUUUUAUAGAGGUCCUCCUAAGGCUGGGAUGCUACUACUCCAAUGGAAUUUAUAAAAAUAAAGGGAGAUGUUUUUAUGAGUGGGCAUUUUUGGUGGCAAUAGAGACAAACUCUUUGGAAGGGCAGUUCAAAGCUGUUCAGCAUCUCUGCCAGUUCUACAGUACAGUUCUUGCAGAUGAAGCUCAGUGUGUCAUCUACAAUGAGUACCAACUCUCCCUGGUUAGGAAAAUGUCUGACAAAGUCAUGGAAGGAAAGAUACUGGAAACCAUCAGUCAGCUGUAUCUAUCUUUAGGCACAGAAAGGGCUUACAGAUCUGCCCUGGAUUACACCAAAAGAAGCCUUGGAAUCUUUAUCGAUCUUCAAGCAAAAGAAAGGGAGGCCCAGGCUUGGCUUCAAGCAGGAAAAAUAUAUUAUAUACUAAGGCAAAAUGAGCUAGUAGGUCUUUAUAUCCAGGCUGCCCAAAAUGCUGCUAUAUGUACUCAGGAUCCUAAUUUAGAAAUGCAAUUAUUUGAAGCUUCAGGAGACAUAUUUUUUAAUGGAGACUGGGAAAGGGAAAAAGCAGUGCCUUUCUAUAGGGACAAGGCUUUACCACUGGCUAUUAAGACAAAGAACAGUACUGCUGAGCUUCGACUAGUCAACAAAUUGGUGGAAUUGCUCUUAAACCUACAGGCAUAUGAGGAAUGUCUGGAAUAUGCUCAAGCAUCAUUAAUGCUCAGUGUCCAUUUAGGAAAUCAUUUAAAUGAAAGAUUAGCAUAUCAUCGGCUGGCUGUUAUCCACCAUCAUCUAGGACAAUGUGAACUUACUGAACACUUCUUUUUAAAAGCCUUGUCACUGUGCCCCUCACCGCUUCAGUUUGAUGAAGAAGCCAUAUACUAUGUAAAAGUGUACCUUGUUCUUGGAGAUAUCACAUUCAGUGAUCUAAAGGACCCAUUUGAUGCUGCUGGGUACUAUAAUUUAGCUCUUGCCGCUGCCAUGGAUUUAGGCAACAAAAAAGCACAACUGAAGAUCUACACCAGGCUUGCAAUAAUUUUCCACAACUUCCUUGUGGACCGGGAGAUGUCCCUCUUCUUCUAUCAGAAGGCGAGAACCUUUGCAACAGAACUUAAUAUUCGCAGAAUAAAUCUAUCCCCUGAUCAAUAUAUGCAAGCAACAUGGGCCUCUACAAGAAAGGUCAUGUAAAAAUUGCACCAGGGCAUCUGAUCUGGGGAGAUUUGCUUCUGUUUUAAACUGUAAUAAGUCUUUCUGUAUUAUAAGAAAUGGUACAUGGUGUAUGUGCUAUUCAAGUCCCAGGUGUUCUUACUCAUGCUUCACAGUAAUAAAAAACCAUAUCCAAACAGGAAGCCACAUGAGUUCCAGUGACAUGAGAUCAGAAGGAUAGGAAAGAACUAAUUGAGCACCAGGCUUCAUCUUUCAAAUAGAUUAUGGAAUUAAUUGUUUAAAAAUUUGAAGAUAGUUAAAAACAGGAAUUGACUGAAUAAAUAUGCUGAUGAAUUAAA